AUGUUUCGAUAUGGAUUUAAAACUAGCACAAAAAGCAGUGCCACCGUCGUGGCCCCCAAGUUCAAGGUCGCUGCUCCCGUUCGAGUCGCCGGAUCGCGUCGAUCGUUCUCGCAUAGCUCUCGAUGGGCCAAGCAGCGCGUCGUGAUCCUCGGUUCGGGUUGGGGAGGCUACGAGCUAAUGAGUGAAUUGACAAGCUAAAGGUAGAUAGUAUGGAAGAGCCAUCUCACGCUGACUCCCCUCCCACCUGCAUUUCGUAACAGGGAAAGUCGACAAGCGCAGCUAUGACGUCGUGAUGGUCUCGCCGACCGUCAGUCCGAGCUGGUCCGAGCCCUGGCCUUGGUCACCGAGUCGUACCGGAGCUCGAGCCAGAUCAACCUCUCCAUUUGGCGGCAGGCCCACUUACUACUUCUUUGACAUGACAGACCUACUUUGCUAUGACACCACUCUUAGCCUCGACAGCAGUGGGUACGAUCGAGUUCCGCUGUGCACUUGAGCCCGUCCGACGAUACCCGCAGGUCGUCAGCUUUCAGGCUCAAGCGACUUCGAUCGAUCUCAAGAACAAAAGCGUACGUCGAAAACCCAUUCGUUGAGGUCGUUAACAUUUACUGAAAGUUAAUGUCUACUCCUAAAACUUUUAGAUUAAAUGUCUCCCCACCGUUGGAGGGAGCGCUAGCAAGCUUAAGAACGGAUCAGAAUCUCCGGGCACCGAGGUCGGCUCGAGUCGGGACUUUGAGCAUUCGGCGCUGUACCCCGGUGUGAAGCCUUUUGCACUGGACUAUGACAUCCUCGCGAUCAGUGUCGGAUGCUACUCGCAGACGUUCAACACCCCCGGAGUCAAGGAGUUCGGUCAUUUCCUCAAGGACGUCAAGGAUGCCCGGAGGAUCCGUUCCCGAAUCCUCGAGUGCUUCGAGCUCGCAGCCUCCCCGACUGUCACCGACGUCGAGCGAGCCAACCUCCUUCAUUUCGUCGUUGUCGGUGGUGGUCCAACAGGAAUCGAGUUCGCCGCAGAGUUGCACGAUUUGAUCGAAGAAGACAUGAAGCGGCAUUAUCCCCACGUCUCCAAGUUCUGUCGCAUCACCAUCUAUGAUGUCUCGCCGACCAUUUUGGGUGCGUUUGACAAGAGUCUGGUCGAGUAUGCGAUGGCGCAGUUCCAGAGGCAGGGGGUACAGAUCAAGACGGAGCGACAUGUCGUCAAGGUCAACGAAGCCAGUAUCGAGAUUAAAGAGGAGGGCACCGGUACGUUUUAGAUCCUGAUAUCCUGCAACCCGUAGGACCUGACUGGAAUCUCGCUCGGCCUGCAGUACCAUUCGGAAUGCUCGUCUGGUCAACCGGGCUCGCACCCAACCCACUCAUUGCAUCGCUCAAGGAGUUGGAACAUGAUGAGAAGACUCACAGGUACGCGCUCUGGGCUUCAUCUCGUUCCGAUUACCUGUGUUGACCCUCGUCGCCUCCUUCCUCCGCAGUCUGCGAGUCAACGGGCACUUCAACCCCAAAACCGUCGACGGCAAGGAGCUCAAGGAUGUCUACGUGAUCGGUGAUGCGGCCAUGCUUGAACAAAAGCUACCCGCUACAGCUCAAGUAGCCAACCAGGUCUGUAAAGUUCUCGACACUACAUAAGGCGUUGCAAAGAUCUGACAAAGUUUCCCUUUUCGAGCUGUUCGCAGGAAGCGGUUCAUCUCGCCAAGAUUCUCAAUGCGCGAGUACGAGAUCUACCGUUACCCGGACCGUUCGAGUUCCACAACCAAGGUAUCAUGACGUACAUUGGCAACUGGAAAGCGUUAUUCGAUCGCAGCGGUGCGACCCAGGACGGAUUCAAGGAAGGCGGUCGCUUUGCUUGUAAGACCUCGAUGGUGCUGAGGCUAUCGCGCAUCUUCAAAGCUGACUGAUAUACGACAUUCAUUUUCAGGGUUGCUGUGGCGAAGUGCAUACUGGGUCAAGGCCAUGUCGUGGCGUAAUCGAUGCACGCUCGCGUUCUACUGGUUCGCCAACUGGAUUUUCGGCCGGAGUAUAACUCGAUUCUGA